AUGCCGGGUGAACUGCGUACUUUGCAGAAACGCGAGCGUCAGCUGUUAAAUAAUCUUUCAUUGAUCGCUCGCUUCGUGGAAGAAUACACAGCGGAUAGAGAUGAAGUGCAAGUAGAUGCACGUCUGCAAGGUCUCGAAGAAGUGUCCAAGGAAUUUUACGCGAUUCGUGGCAAAAUAGAGCUGCUUUUGGAAGACCAGUUAUCAGAAGAGGACGUUGAUGCAAAAGAAGAAUCGGUACAACAGCAAGAGAUGAUUAAUUACCAGGUUAUGCAAGAUUUCGACAAUCAGUAUUACGGGCUGAAAUCCAGUUUGCUUGGUUUUCGGCGCAGUUCCAGCUCUACUUCGGCCAGUGACCGCGGUAGUUCCAUAGCAGAAGUAACAACCUUCUCAAGAGUUAAGCUUCCCGAGAUUCGGCUUCUCUCCUUCAGCGGAAAGAUCAGUGAAUGGAUUCCCUUUCGAAACACGUUCAAUAGUUUGAUUCACCAGAACAAGCUGCUCACCGAAGUGGAUAGGUUCACUUAUCUGAAAUCGUCAUUGGAUGGAGAUGCAUUACAGGAGAUUCGAUCCAUUGAGCUGUCAGCUGCAAAUUACGAGGUGGCAUGGAAAGCGCUUGUAAACCGAUACGAGAAUAAAAAGGUGAUAGUGAAAACCUAUCUUGAUGCGCUAUUUGCAGUCGAUUCACUCAAAAGAGAAAGUUUUGAAGGUCUCAGCCGUUUAAUCAGUGACUUCGAAAAUAAUUUGCAGAUGUUAGAGAAAAUUGGGGAGAACACAGCUGGUUGGAGUACUAUUCUUGUGCAUAUGAUGUGCUCGAGAUUGGAUGCUGCAACGCUUCGUGCUUGGGAAACACACCAUAGUUCUAAAGACGUCCCGACAUACGAAGGUCUCCUAUCAUUCCUACGAGGUCACUGUUCGGUACUCCAAUCAGUGAUGUCAACCAAGAGCAUUGUUCCCGAUCAACGACCGACAAAAUAUUCAGCAUGUCAUACUUUGGUGAACACAACUUGGAAAUGUCCCUUCUGUAGUGGUCCAUUUCAUUCAGCUUUUCUGUGUGCAAAAUUCCAAGGGAUGCAGAUCAUGGAGCGCAACAACGUCGUUAUGAAGAACAAACUUUGCCGCAACUGUCUUCGUCCAGGUCACCAAGCUUGGGUUUGUGAAAGAGGUGCUUGCCAUCACUGCGCGCAGAAACAUCAUUCUAUGCUUCAUCCUGAAUCGCCGUCGGAUAUAUCCUCCGUUCCACUGCUGCCAUCGAGACCUCCGACAGUCCACCCAGAACCGCGACAGCCACAAUCUCAGCUACACAAUCCGAACCAACAAACAUACACUAACACUGGACAUGCACUACAGACUACAGACUCGCAUAGCCUUCAACCACAAUCCACAUCAAACAAUGCUACCAAUAGCAACACUUUCGUAGCAGUACCGGUAGUACCCACACACAAUGUCAUACUGUCAACCGCUCUUGUGACUGUGAGAGAUCGUGUGGGAAAUACAAUGUUGGCCCGAGCUUUGCUUGAUUCAUGUUCCCAGCACUGUUUGAUGACGAGAAGCUUUGCUACGAAGCUGCAGUUCCGGAAAAUUCCAGCGUUUUUGUCCGUGCAGGGCAUCGGUUCAGCGUGUUCGACGUCUACGACGAUGGUGAGCGCAAGAGUGAGUGCGAGAUCGAACAUCUUUCCAACCUUUUCCGAAGACAUGCAGUUUUACGUGCUGCCAAACCUGACAACUGAACUACCAACAGUACGUUUCGAUCCAACACAAUGGAAUCUCCCCGACGCCUGUCUUCUUGCUGAUCCGUGGUUCAACAGACCUGCAACGAUCGACCUGAUCAUCGGAGCAGAGUUCUACUUUGACUUGCUGAGAGAAGGCCAAUUCCAGGCAACGUGUGAAGGUCCUACGCUACGAAACACUGUGUUGGGAUGGAUCGUUUCCGGUCGAGUUCCCAAUAAUCAUGUUGAUAAACCUACUGCAGCUAUGAAUCUUUGUGUGACUACGAAUAUCCAGGAUCAGUUGACCAAGUUUUGGGAACUCGAGACCUGUAGAACAAAUAGUACUAACUCUGUAGAAGAAUCAGCAUGCGAGACGAUUUUCGAGCAGACAACAUGCAGAGAUACAACGGGACGAUUUGUAGUUACCCUACCGAAGAAACCACUGAUAAUUGAACAGCUUGGUGAGUCGAGGACUGCUGCGAUGAGAAGAUUUAUGGGGCUAGAGCGACGACUUCAUGCAAAUCCUGAGUUGCGGAAUGCAUACACUGAUUUUAUCCACGAAUACCAGCUGCUCGGACACAUGAAGGAGGUUGCAGUAUAA